GGCAGCUGCACGCAUGCGCAUUGGGGGCGGCGCACUGCGCAUGCGGGAAGAUGGCGGGCCUGGCGUCCUGAGAGCCGUGGGUCACCCUGCACUCUUCCGGUCUGCGUUGUAGCUCCCGAGAUCGUGGAGCGGUGCCGCGUUCGUUCGCGGGCCGGGCUAGGCAGUGGCGCCUCGGAGCAAGCUGCGGGCCCGGUUCGUGCUCGGCCCCCGGGACCCGGCGCGUUGGGGGCGGUGCCCGGCCGGAGCGGGAGAAGGCGGGAGAGCUCGCGGGGUGCGAGGCGAGGGACGGCGGGCUGGGCAGCAUGAGUCAGCAGCGGCCGGCGCGGAAACUGCCCAGUCUGCUGGUGGACCCGGCGGAGGAGACGGUGCGCCGUCGGUGCCGCGACCCCAUCAAUGUGGAGGGCCUGCUGCCAUCAAAAAUAAGGAUUAAUUUAGAAGAUAAUGUACAGUAUGUCUCCAUGAGAAAAGCUCUAAAAGUGAAGAGACCUCGUUUUGAUGUAUCUCUGGUUUAUUUAACUCGAAAAUUUAUGGAUCUUGUCAGAUCUGCUCCUGGGGGUAUUCUGGACUUAAACAAGGUUGCCACAAAACUGGGAGUGCGGAAACGAAGAGUGUAUGACAUCACCAAUGUCUUAGAUGGAAUCGAUCUGGUUGAAAAAAAGUCUAAGAACCAUAUUCGAUGGAUAGGAUCUGAUCUUAGCAACUUUGGAGCUGUGCCCCAACAGAAGAAGCUGCAGGAGGAACUUUCUGACUUGUCAGCAAUGGAAGAUGCUUUGGAUGAGUUAAUCAAGGAUUGUGCUCAGCAGCUGUUUGAGCUAACAGACGACAAAGAAAAUGAACGACUAGCAUAUGUGACGUAUCAAGAUAUCCACAGCAUCCAGGCCUUCCACGAACAGAUUGUUAUUGCCGUGAAAGCUCCGGCAGAAACCAGAUUGGAUGUUCCAGCUCCCAGGGAAGUAGGUAUCCCUGCGUUUCUAAGAGGAUUUUUUUAAAAGUGGGAGGCAGGUCAGUGGCUUAGGCUAUGCUCUGUCACGGUCAUAGUAACUCCAUCACUUAGUGACCACCACAUGCAUGUUAGUUGCCUACCUGAUACCGCUUCAGGCACUUGACACAUUUUAACUUGUUUCAAAUACAGAGCAAAUGGACUAGUCCUUAUCCUCUUAAAGGGGAGGAGUUGGAAGCGCAGAGAAAGAUAGCUUUCUGUGAUCACACAGUAAGUGAAGCACCAGAAUUCAAACCCAGAGAGCGUGGCUUCAGAGUUUGUGUUUAACUGUCAUACCGUACACGUGCACGCUCGACGGCACCCCAGUGCCCGUGUCAACCUGUAGUAGACGAUGGCACACUGUAGUGCCUCUUAGAGGACUCCCCAAGAAUUGGCCUCAUUGUUGAAGUUCCGGAAGUACAGUGUGCUGGCAGGGAGGGCUCUGUGGAAUUGACCCCAACCACGCCCAUCAAAGACUAAGGAAUAAACUAGAACAUUAACCGGUACAUUCAAAAUAAAAAGUAAAAUUACUGUGCGAAUGAAAAUACUCCUACCAGCUGCCAGCACACUCCUUCUCUUGCAGGAAAGUUUGUAUUGAAAGAGAAUUGUCCUCAGAAGGUUGCUUGGUGAGGAUGGAAUCAGAACCAAGGAAUGUGGCCAUUCAUGGGACAGAUCAUGAAGUGGUGACAGCCUGAUAGACCCCUCGGUGUCCUCUGCAUUGCCGUGGGGACCCCCUGCCCCAGAGUGAGGAGUACUCUCCACUCUCCUCUCUCCCCAGCGCACACUGUCCAAGUGAGCUCCCGUGUUGGUAAUUCACAGGGCGUUACAGAUCAGUUAAGGGACAGCUUUUAAUCCAGUCACACUCAAGUUCUGACUUCUGGGUGACGUUUCCUCGUUAUUUUAUGUAGAUUUGGAUAUAUUCCACGUUUCCUAAGUAACUUAACACUUGAUAGAAGUCGUUUGAGAGAUGUUUAAACUUUUUUUAUAAUGAACCACUAAUCUUCCAACACAUCCUUACUUUGGGACGCCAGUGGCGGCCCCUGCUGCGGUGACUGAUGAGGUUCUGGGCUCCCCCUGUGCUGUGAGCUGCUUCAGGCUGUCGUUGCUAAAUUCUGCUGAGUUUGUGGAUCACACCCAAGACAGUUCAGUUCAGAGGCCAGUGAACGUGGGCCCUUGGGCAGCCGUUCUCAGCCGUAAGUAAGUGGGAGUGGUAGACAGGCGCACGGUGUUCGGGGCGUCCUGCCCCCCCGAGGUCCAGGGUGAGAUCUGGGAAGCUUGAGCCAGGGUGGCUGGACUGGCCUCAGGUCAAAUCUGACUGGCUAGAUUUUUAGGCAUAGUCUCACCGGCACACAGCCACAUGUCCUUCUGUUUAGACAUUGUGUCUGGCUGCUUUUCUCUCUGUAAUGGCAGACUUACGUGGUGGUGACAGGGUUGUAUGGCCCACAAAGCCAAAAAUGUCUACUGUCUCACUCUUUACGGGAAAGGCUGGUCAGCUCUGAUUUGGCGGAAUAGGAAGUCCUCAGUUGGCUGCCAGGUCUGAGUGCCGCAAGAGUUUGUUCUGUGUGGAGAUAAGUCUUGGCUUGUGUAAGCUGUGCCAUUCGAGCCAGACCUGGCCUGGCAGUCCAGAACCUGAGCAGGGAUGCUCCUCCUCCGGCCUGCAUGUCUGGUCCUGGGAAGCUGCAGAGAAGGUGACGUGAGGUUUUGAGACCUGAUAAGCUGCAUGUCCUGACGCCCUGUUGUGAGACCCCAGUGAGAUGUGACGAGCAGGAGGGGGUCACGGCGUCUGUACCUCGUCUGGCCUCGCCGCAUGGAAGGGCAGAGAACAGACUGUGAUACUUGAACCCUCUUCUAGUCAGAGAAACGAAUCAUUUAUAACUAGAACUGUUCCUUGAGAAUUUAGCAUUCAUUGGUCCAUUCCCAGGUUUCAGCGCGCACACACACACACACACACAGAGAAUUCAGCAUAAUUCUCAGUAUAAGCACCCUACUUCCUGAUAUCUUACAGAAAAUAAGUAUUUUAAUUCCGAGUAAAUUUAAAGCUUCAAAGCCAAAAGAUGUGAAUAAUAAUUAAUAGUUUAUAUGCGGUUCUUCUGAGUAUUUUGUAUGUUGCUGACGUGUGUUUUGUCUGGAUCCUAUCAUCUGGCUUUUUCUGCGGACAGAGACCUGCCCGUCUGUUACUGUGCUACCUCUUCAGUGUUUCGAAGAGCUAAACACACCCUUAACCAUAUGAGAGACUACAGGGGCUUUUAGACUUCUUGGUCAUGUGAACACCGAUUUUGGACUCUCAAGUACAGCCUCCGAGAAGGCCUCAAGUCACUGAGUGUAGAAAGGCAGGCCCUCCAGUGUGGAGGUGUUCACAUCAGGGCCCCGAGGUCCUGGCUGGGUAACCCAGGAGCCAGGGCCGUGCCAUGAGUUGGCCGGCAGCUCAGUGGCCGAAGCCGGAGUAAUGAAAGCCAAGUACAUGAUUCUCUCA